AUGGAGAACGUUGGUGGAGGUUCGUCUUCAAAUAACGACAACAGCGGAAUCAAGGAGCAAGACAGGUUGUUGCCGAUAGCGAAUGUUGGUCGGAUCAUGAAGCAGAUACUGCCUCAGAACGCCAAGAUAUCCAAGGAAGCAAAGGAGACCAUGCAAGAAUGCGUGUCGGAAUUCAUAAGCUUCGUGACAAGCGAGGCGUCGGAGAAGUGCCGGAAGGAGAGGAGGAAGACGGUGAAUGGGGAUGACAUAUGCUGGGCCUUGGGCACGCUUGGUUUUGAUGACUACGCUGAGCCACUGAGGAGGUAUCUGCACAGAUUUAGAGAGUUAGAGGCUGACAGAGCUAAUCAUGAGAGGGGAAAUAGCCCUCACGACAGGGAUGACCUCUUUCACACUCCCUCCACAGGAAUCAGGCAAUGAUAGUUGUGUACUACUUAAAAUCAAUUAUGUUCAACGAAGCUGUAUGUGUCGGAGACAAGCAGUAAGUAGUGACUGAGAGGGAAUGUAAUAAUUUUCUAGUCUGAUUAGCCUCAUCUCAGUUAGUGGACAACAGACGUUUUCUUUGUUUAGCUUCUUCUCUGGUCUCUCUGGUCUCUGAAUACAUGCUUCCAAU